AGCAAGUGUAGAGAUCUUCCCGUUUUCCCAGGGGAUGCUCCAGACCAGGAGGAGAAGCGUCACUCCCACCUCCCCUCCCGAGGUUUUCCUGCUAGAAUCACCCCACCCCAAGCUCUACCCCUUGGCCUGCCCUCUCACUCUGCCCUACCCUGAGCUGGAUUGUUUGACUGCUGCGGUGGGCUUGCAGAAACGUUGGCUGGGGCCCAUGGAGAGGGAGUCCAGUCACCCCUGAUUGUCACUUCCAUUCCAGUCCCUCCCCUGCCUUUCCUCCUCAGUGACCUUGGGUGGCCUCUGCCAUUCUCUGAAACUGUCCAGUCCCUUUAAGUACCGCCCCUAUUUUUUGGUGCUUCUGACCGAACCCCCUUCUGCCACCUCUUCCAAGAAGCCCGCCUAGAAUGAGUCUCGGGACAGUUAGUUCGGACACUGGGGUGCGGCUCUGGGUGAGGACGUGCCAAUGUGUUUUAAGCACCUGUGUACAGAUCCUGAGAGUCCGCUUUCCUCCUGUUUCCCCACCAGCUGGGGGAUUGUAAUGCCAGGCAGCCCAAGGAAGGAUCCAAACCUGUCCCUCCAGGUUGCUGGUGCCCAACCCGUGUCGGGUCAGCCAGGGACCUCCCCUGGGAGCAAGCCCUUUAUCCCCUGCCUGGCUUUCCACAUCCCUGUCACCAGUGGGUGGGGAAUUUAGGUCAUAGAGCACUGGGGAGGGGCCCGUUGGGAGAGGCCUGCUGAGGAGUCUGGGGGUCACAGGGCAGAAAAACGGCCCAGAGCAGUAGGGGCUGCAUGGGAGGCUGCCCCUGCAAUCUGCCCUGUCUGGAGCACCCCCCCACCCCAUCUGCUGCUGAUCUCGGGGAUCACCCCCGCCCAUGCCCCAGGUCAUCCUCCUGUUGCUGAGGCUGCAGAAAUCCGGAUUGAGGGAAGGAGCCGCCACUCUGCUAAGCCUGUAUCUUCUGUUCGGGUACGGGGCUCCUCUGCUGUGCAGUCUCAUCGGCUUUGCAUACCCCGCAUAUGCUUCGAUCAAAGCUAUCGAGAGCCCAAGCAAAGAGGACGACACUGUGUGGCUCACAUACUGGGUGGUGUACGGCCUGUUCGGGCUAGCCGAAUUCUUCAGCGAUCUACUCCUGUCCUGGUUCCCUUUCUACUACGCGGGCAAGUGCGCCUUCCUGUUGUUCUGCAUGGCUCCCGGCCCCUGGAACGGAGCUCAUAUGCUGUACCAUCGCAUCAUACGUCCUCUGUUUCUAAAGCAUCACGAGGCCGUGGACAGCAUCGUGAGCGACAUCAGCGGGCGGGCCCUGGACGUGGCAGCCGGAAUGACGAAGGACGCAGGGAAAGUAAGCGUGAACCAGCUUCAGAAGGCCAAGUAAAGCCCCCAGCCAGCCCGAACGCAGACACACUGGACCGUGAGACGGAGGAUGUGCCACAGCACAAGUCGUCUGCGCAUUCCUCCACUGACUCACCAGCAGAGCCCACCACCAGCCCCUCACUCCCUGCCAAGUCCGC